CUGCUCUGAUAUGUAUAGCAUUUAGUCAAAAUUAGGGCAUAAAAGAAGGCAUAGUCGCCCACGGGAUACUGUGAAACACGAGUCUCAGUCCCAGAACCGGCUGAUGGAAUAACAUGUAAGAUGAGCAACUUCUUGGUGCCUGAUAUUCGGUAGGGCACAAUAUCGAGCUUUUGACAGGGCCUUUCACGCCCAUAAACCCACAGCACGCCCCUCAUUAAACUAGAAAGCAGCCAGCAUCAAGACUUGGGCCCCCUUUGCUGGAAAAGGAGUCCACAUUGCAUCCCACUCACUCUUACACUGGCCGAUUCUCCCCCUCGUCUUUCUCAACAAGAGAUCCACUUCACAACCUCUCAGUCUAUCAAGUCCACCCCUCAUCGACGGAAUUUCGAGGGCCCCAAGGGUCUAGCUAUUUCUUUCCAAGCUCAGGCUCGGUCGUGUGGCCUCGUUCAAGAAAGAUUUGAUCCAAAGUUGGGUCUCUUGACUUUAGUUCAGACCCCUGUUUAUCCAUCGCUCGUCCCAGAGAGCGGUUGGUGCGCCGCCUCGUGCCCUCGCAGAGUUGAAAUUGCUACAUUUGUUGAUCGUGUUUCCCUCCACUCCCACCUACCAUCCCGCCCAUCUGGUUCCGUCUUCCGUCCGUCCUCCCGUUGCCUUCCCGCCUUGGAUCAAACUUGUUCCCCUUUGCUCCCGCACAUCGUCUCUACGCCGUCGCCGCACCAGCACUUUUGGGGCUCGAUAUAAAAAGUGCUAGAUCAGUGCUAUUGUAUGUCCGAACCAAGCACUUCCUUUGCCCCAUGGGCGCCCUAACAUAUACUUACUUGUGUGACUCCAUGCCAGGUUACGGCCCUGCUCUUUCAAACUACUGUGCUAGGUCACUGCCCAGCCCGCUCUCUAUCCACGAGAAACCCGAACCACCUCGCUUCGACCAACGCUAAAUCACACCGAGUCUCGCAUAUCCGUCCACCUUCGGCACCCCGUGGGACCUCUUGGCCGGUUUCCAUUUACUCAGCUACAACCCUCUACCCCCUGAAGCCGAACAAUCUUGUCCUAGCACCUGGGCUCAAUAUUCCUCGCACAGCAACCAUUUGUCCGUCUCGUUCACAUUAGAAGCGAGCUUUGCCAAGGCACCUCACUAGACUUGCAGAGCUGAAGCGUGUUUUGCUGUAUAUUUCAUCUACACCUUCCCAUAUAUCGCCUUCGCGCCGCCGACGUCGAGGCACCUGCACCGUCACCUUGACCCCACGUUUGCGCACGAUUAUAUCACGACCCGAAUAACAUAACUCUCGCGACCAUGGCCGAGAAGCCUUCGGUCUUGAUUAUUGGAGGGCUUGGCUACAUUGGCCGCUUCCUGGCCCUCCACAUCCACCAGAACGAGCUCGCUUCUGAUGUGAGGCUCGUUGAUAAAGUCCUCCCUCAACUCGCAUGGCUGGCUCCUGAGUUCUCCGAAGCCUGUUCACAAGACAAGUUUAUGCAGGCUGAUGCCAGCAGACCUGAAGGAUUGGCACGAAUUUUUGACCGACCAGAUGGAAAACAAUGGGACUAUGUUUUCAACUGUGGAGGUGAGACGAGGUACUCACAGGAGGAUGAGGUCUACAAGCUUCGAUCAUUGAACCUUUCUAUUGCAGUGGGCAAAGAGGCGGCCAAAAGAGGAGUCAAGGCCUUUGUUGAGCUGAGCACAGGCAUGGUGUACAAGUCCGACUCAUCACCAAGCAAAGAGGGAGAUAAGCUCAAACCUUGGAACCGGAUUGCUGUGUUUAAGUUGCAGGCUGAGGAGGAGCUCUCUAAAAUUGAAGGCCUCAACCUCAUCAUCGUGCGUUUACCACACGUCUAUGGACCUUAUGCCUCUCAGUGGGUCGCGACGGCAUUGUGCAUGGCUCGCACCUAUCAACACCUUGAAGACGAAAUGAAGUGGCUUUGGACCAAGGACCUCCGAACUAACACAGCACACAUUGACGAUGUAACACGGGCUCUGUGGGAAAUCGCAGCAUGGUUUGAUGCAGGCAAGGCGAAGUGGGACGAGGCCAGUAUGGGCAAGAUCCCCAUCUUGAACAUCGUGGAUGAGGGUGCGACAAGUCAGGGCACCAUAGCGACAAUUAUUGGUGAUAUUUUCAAGAUUGAGACAGGUUUUCAGGGCCAGCUUAUCAGCACAUUUGCUCGACUCAACCUCGAUAGUGUUGUGGACGAUGUUAAUGACGAGCUUCUGGGACCAUGGGCCGACCUCCUCGCAGAUGCGGGCAUUACACGACCGGGCCCGCUAACUCCAUUCAUGGAGAAGGAAUUACUCAAGGAUACGGAUCUCAGUAUGGACGGAACGCGGCUCAAGACACUGUUGGGGUUUGAGUACAAGAAACCUGCCCUCACGAAGGAGUUGAUUGAGGAGGUGAUCGAGAGCUACAAGAAGAUGAAGUGGUGGCCUUGAGCGGGGCCGGGAAAUGGUUGAAGACGACAUAUGCGACGUGACAUGACAUGAUUUGUAUGGCGUGCGUAUGCAUGCAUGCAUGGAUGAAGAUUCGCAUUGAUUUUGGCUUGUUUCUUGCAUGAACUCGACUUAGCGAAGAACCCGCCUGUUGCUGGAAGAGACGGACGAUACCCGGGACGACGAAAGCCAACGGCAUGAGGAGCAGGGCCAGCAAGACUCGAAAGGGUUGAGCUUCAGCUGAUUUAGUGUCAGAUGAGAAUUGGCGCAGCUAACAGGUGAUGAUGAUGUCUGGGGAGGUAGAUGAAGAUGCUAUACAUGCACGACCUGGAUGCUAGGGGAUACGGAGGGCAAAGGUCGUAGGAGAUGGAGUGUACCCGAGUAGAGGGUAGGCUAAUAAUAUAGGCAAAUAUACUAGUUACAUGUUAGAUGGGGGUUUCGCUGCUUGUGAUGUCGGGCAUAGUUAUGUGUACACAGCAUUGCCCAUGGGAAUCGUUCCGACAAGGGUAGGAUGAUCUGGGGAUCUAUAAAUGAUAGGAAAGAAUGCUUGCUGUGACUUGAGCCGAGGCUUAUGAUGGUUAAACAACAUGUGGAAGCGAAAUGGUGAAGUUGGAGUCGCAGUACCCAUGCGAAGGUGGAGAUUGAGGUUGAGCAAUGCGGGGAUGAGACUUUGGGGGAGACUUCUUGGUCGACGUCGUGAACUUUUGAGAAUAUGAGGGUUUGACAUGUUGGGGUGAUGUUGCUAUGAGAUCCAUGCCAAGUGAAUAAGCACCUCCUGCAAGGGGUAAUAUCAUAAGAUGAGUGAGAGGGAAGACGUCAUUCUUUGCAACGACAACUGAAACUUGUAUAAGGUAGUACGGAGUACGGAUAGGGA